AGACCAGGAGCUUAUGUGGAGCCGGGCGCGGAGCAGUGCAGAUGGAUCGUUCCGUGCCGCUGGUGGCGGGUGUGGGUGCGGUUCCCGUGCCCGAUUUCAGGCAAAAUGAGGGUUCAUUAACAUCAACUUUACGAACACUUCUGUUCUUCACAGCUCUAAUGAUUACAUUACCUGUUGGGCUAUAUUUUUCAUCAAAGGCUUAUAUAUUUGAAGGUACCUUAGGAAUGUCGGACAGGGACAGCUAUUUUUAUGCGGCCAUAGUUGCUGUCAUUGCUGUUCAUGUGGUACUUGCUCUCUUUGUAUACGUAGCAUGGAAUGAGGGCUCUCGACAGUGGCGGGAAGGCAAACAGGACUAGGAUGAAGAUCAUUGUCAUCUGAUGCCUACAGACUGUAAAUCAGAUUUCUGUGAGCUGAAGAAAAAACAUUCUUCACAAUGUAUAAUACAGAUGUACAAAGAGGAGGCUAAUGCCUUCGCUCUGGGUAGAGUAAGACUUGUGCUCGUCAUGAAUGUGAAACGGUAUUUUCUCUAAUGCUGAUGGAAGUUGUUCUUUAGCAGGCCUCUGCUACAUGGAGCUGAGGUCUUCACCUGGAAUUAAAAUGAAAUCAUUAUUUAUUUAAAAAAAAAACAAAACAAAACAAAAAAAAUGCAAAAAAUAAUCCUGUAGCUAUCUUUGUCAUUCCUAGUACUUUUCUGGUUUGCUUUGAAAAUAAUAUUGUCGUGAAGCAAGCAUUUCUGAGUGUAGAAGUAAUUGCAGGAAUAGAAUGGGUUGGAAACUCAGGUGAUGUCUUUCUAAAGUGAAAUACAAAGGGUUUUCUGGUUUUGUUUUUGUGUUUGCUUUUUUAUUAUUUUCAGAUGUAAUUUUUUAUUAAAGUGUAAAAUUCGGUCUUUAAUUUCCUUUUAGGAGGACUGUUGUAUUACUUCAUUGCUUAUCUUUCCAGCCUUCUACAGUUAAUGGUGAUAAUGGAAAGGAAAUGGCAUAGCAUGUUUUUUGUGUCUGCAUUUAUAUGUGUUCUUGAUAAUUGCUAAAGAUUGUAGUUGGAUAUCCUAGGGUGAAGUGGUAUCAGUAACAGGUAUAAGCCACUCUCAUGGAUAGUAGAGGAAUGAGCAAGAGAAAACAAGCUGUAGCCACGUGUCCUUUAAGAAGCAGAACACAAGAAUGAUCAUAUGGAAAAUUUGCUUCUAUUCAUAAAUAUGAACUUGUGCACUGUGACAUGAUACAAUAUGUUGAUUGUUUUCUUUUUUCCUUAGUUGUAUGUAGACACUCUUUAUAGCCAAAUCAUAAUGAGAUUUUUGUGUUGCAGGAUAACCUGAAUUUCAUUCCACUGCUGUACUGUUGUUGGCAAGCUUUUAGUGUGUAGAUAAAACAUUUCUCCUAAAGUUCCAGCAAUGCAUGGAACUUUCCUAACACUGACGAGUGCUGUUAGGCUGCUGUGCUUUAGGUGGUUCUGUUAGCUGGAGUUUUCCAAUUUGUUUUAGUUGAACCAUUUUUGGAGGUCUUCUACUCAGUAUCAGCUGGGAAUGUUUUGGUGCUACAUUUGUCCAUGGUAAAAUUUUUCCUCAAGCCUUUGUGUCAUUUAUGGAUUAUGUUCCCAGGUCUCCUUCCUCCCAUCUCUACACAGUCUCAGCUCUGCACAAGUAUCCUACACCAUGUCACACUCAUGCAAAUAGCUUUUUACAUUAUGUUGCUGAAAUGUGAACUUUUCUCACCAGGAGCCCAUUGUCAAGUUGCCGCCAGCAAACUGAAGAAGGGUCUUGUAGCGUUUGAAAUCCAAAUUUAGGUUGUAAGCUGGCUUGUAGUGGAGAAUAAGUAGGAACAUAGCUGUUGUGCUCUGCUACCUGGAUCUUGUGCUAUAUGUGUUUUAUAUUUCACAUACCAGAAUCCCUAGAUUAUU